UCACCGGCGUGCACUGCAACACGAGCGACGUACCAACCACUGUUGUCUGCUAAUGCCGCUGCAGUGUCGAUUGCAUGAUUCGACGUGAGAAACGGCAACUUCACGUACACUCUCUAUAUGGUCACGGGCUCGCGGCAUCGCAGCUCAGAGCUCAUGCUCACCUCACAUAGUAAGCGCCGAUCACACCGAGAGGCUAGAGCUAGGCUAGCAACUCGUCGGUUCGCCAUGCAUGCGGCUGCAGCGAUCCUCUUCUUCUUGGCGCUGUCCGCGCUCCGUGGCGCCGGCGGCUGCGUCCCGAGCGAGCUUGCCGCGCUCCUGGACGUGAAGCGGGGCUUCUCCAGCGACCCGGACGGUGUCCUCUCGUCGUGGACUGCCAGGCGUCCUGACUGCUGCCGGUACUGGCGCGGCAUCGUGUGCGACAAUGCCACGGGCCGCGUUACGGAGAUCCGGCUCUCCAACGCGCUCGCCGACGACGGGAGCCCCGGCCUCAGCGGCGACAUAAGCCCGGCGCUCCUCCGCCUCCCGCAGCUCGAGCACCUGGACCUCAGCCGGAACAGCCUCGGCGGCGGCAUGGGGACCCCUCUCCCGCGGUUCCUCGGCUCGCUCUCCAGCCUCCGGUACCUCAACCUCUCCUGCACGGACAUCUCCGGCGAGGUCCCGCCGCAGCUCGGCAACCUGUCCCGGCUAGUCGUCCUCGACCUGAGCUCCUACCUCGUCGGCCUCUACUCCGGCGACCUCUCCUGGCUCACCGGCCUGUCUUCGCUCGAGUACCUCGACAUGAGCCUCGUGAACCUCAACGCAUCUGUCGUCUGGGCACGCGCCGUCAACAUGCUCCCUUCUGUGCGCGUCCUCGCCCUGUCCGACUGCGGGUUGACGACGCCGUCCUCUUCAUCGGCGCCGGAGCGCGCGAACCUGACACGGCUGCAGAGGCUGGACCUGUCAUCCAACGGCAUCAACACCUCAACCGUGCACGCCUGGUUCUGGGACGUGCCGACCCUGACGUACCUCAACCUCUCUGGCAACUCGCUGUCCAGCCCGUUCCCCGACGCCCUCGGCAACAUGACCGGUCUCCAGGUGCUCAAUCUCCAGGGCAACGACAUGGUCGGCAUGAUCCCCGCAACUCUUCAGCGUCUCUGUAACUUGCAGGUCAUUGACGUGUCGGUGAACCAGAUCAACGGCGACAUGUCGGAGUUCAUGGACCGGCUGCCCCGCUGCGCGCUGAGGAACAUGCAGGGGCUGCAGCUGUCGGCAGCCAACAUGUCCGGGCAGCUGCCAGAAUGGAUCGGCGACAUGUCUGAACUGGUAAACCUUGACGUGUCCUUCAACAAUCUUGCAGGGGAGAUACCUCAGGGGAUUGGUAGGCUCUGGAAGCUAACCAGGUUGUUCCUGCUCAAGAACCGCUUGAAUGGCAGCUUGUCGGAAGCGCACUUUGCAAAUCUGGUAAGCUUGGAGUGGAUCGACUUGUCGCACAACUUGAUGUCGAUGGAGAUCAGGCCAAGCUGGAGGCCGCCAUGCAGAUUGAUCUAUGCUUAUUUCCCAGAUGUCAGGAUGGGUCCCCAGUUCCCUGCAUGGAUCAAGCACCAGCCAGACAUCAAGUACCUUGACAUUUCAAAUGCAGGCAUAGUUGAUACAUUGCCACAUUGGUUUUGGAAGUCUUAUUCAGAUGCAGUUUACUUGAACAUCUCUGUGAAUCAGAUCGGUGGCAAGCUGCCACCUUCUCUGAGGUUCAUGACCUCAGCGCUUGCGAUAUAUCUUGGAUCCAACAAUCUCACUGGCUCCGUUCCAUUGUUACCAGAGAAGCUGCUUGUCUUGGAUCUCUCUAGGAACUCUUUAUCUGGCCCAUUUCCAUCAGAAUUUGGUGCUCCUGAGCUAGUGGAGCUGGAUGUCUCCUCCAAUAGUAUCAAUGGAACAGUACCACCAUCACUUUGUCACUUUCCAAACUUGCUGCAUUUGGAUCUAUCAAACAACAAUCUGACCGGCCACCUCCCUCGAUGCCGAAACAUAUCAUCUGAUGGCCUCGGGCUCACCACUCUCAUCUUAUACAAAAACAAUCUCUCCGGGGAAUUUCCGAUAUUCUUGAAACAUUGCAAGGCUAUGACAUUCCUUGAUCUGGCUCAGAAUAUGUUCUCCGGGAUGGUACCGGAGUGGAUCGGGAGGAAAUUGCCAUCUUUGACGCAUCUACGGUUGAGAUCAAACAUGUUUAGUGGUAACAUCCCUACUCAGCUGGCACAGCUUAGUGAUCUGCAACUCUUGGACCUAGCGGACAACAGGAUAUCAGGUUCCAUACCCCCUUCUCUAGGAAACAUGACCGGCAUGACUCAAGAGCACACACCACUUCUUCUGAACCCAUUGACAGGCUACGGCGCAUCAGGGAACGAUCGGAUUGUGGACAGUCUUCCCAUUGUGACAAAGGGGCAAGAUCGCGACUAUACCAGCGGAGUGAUCUACAUGGUGAGCCUUGAUCUUUCCGACAACGUUCUUGGUGGAGAGAUACCGGAGGAGCUGUCUUCUCUCACAGGAUUGGUGAACCUGAACUUGUCCAGGAACCACUUGACCGGGACAAUCCCUAGGAACAUUGGUUCUAUCCAAAAGUUGGAGUCCCUCGACUUGUCGAUGAACACACUAUCGGGUGAAAUUCCGUCUAGUCUGUCAGACUUGACCUCAUUGAGCUACCUGAACUUGUCCUACAACAAUCUGUCGGGAAGGAUACCUCAAGGGAAUCAGCUCCAGGUACUUGCUAAUCCAGCAUACAUCUACAUUGGCAAUUCUGGUCUCUGCGGGCCGCCUUUGGCAAAGAACUGUUCAUCAGGAGAUGAUAAUAAGGAUGGUCAGGCUCCUCUCCAUGGAGACAAAGGUUUAUCCGAUAUGGUGUUCUUUUACCUUGGAUUGGCUGUAGGAUUCGUGGUGGGACUUUGGCUAGUGUUCUGUUCCUUGCUGUUUGUGAAGAUAUGGAGAUUUUCUUAUUUUCGGGCCAUCGACAAGGUGUAUGACACUGUGUAUGUGUUUGUUGCUGUAAGGUUGGCGAAAUGCGGGGAGAAGAGAAGUACUAAUACCUAAGCAGAAUACUUCACACUAUAAAUGAUUGUAUAUGAUGUAUUGGGGUAGAUGUUUGUUUGUAUUAAUGUAGUUUCAGUUUGCAGCAGGGAGUUAGUACACACAAUAAGUUGAAACCUUGUUUCCAUUAUCCAGAAAAAAUAUAAUUCUAAGUUGUUGUAAGUGCUAUAUUGAUGCGGACUCUGAAUAUUUUUCUACUAUGACAUUUCGUUGU